UUAAUCAUAAGCCUUAAGGGUUAAUGAAUGAUUUUCUAAAUAUUAAAGCACGUAUUUAAAAAAACAAAUAUGUUUGGUUGUCUUAAUUCCAACACUCCUGGUAACCCUUGAACGCAGCGCCGAGCAUUAGCUCAGCUCGGAGAGAGGCUUUGGGAUCUAGAGAGGGAGGGAAGGAAGAAGAGAGGGAGAGAGAGAGACAGAAGCUAAACAGGUGGUCAGAAAAUACAGCAAACAAUGUCGUCCGGCGGGGAGAAGAGGCUCGACGGUUAGUCCUCAUUUUUCCAGGCAGGAAUACCGGGAUAACCUCGGGCAACAACAACAAAACCCCCCUCCAUGCUCCUGUGUGCUUCCCAUUCGGAUUUGUCCUCCUCGUCUCGGCUUUGCUCCGAACCUGGGGAAGUCCUAGGAUACUGAACCAUGAAAGUGACGGUGUGCUUCGGGAAGACCCGGGUGGUGGUUCCGUGCGGGGACGGGAACAUUAAGGUCCACGCACUCAUCCAGCAGGCUGUCAUGAGGUACAAGAAGGCUAUCGCCAAGGAUGCAAACUACUGGCUACAGGUCCACCGACUGGAGCAUGGCGACGGUGGGAUCCUAGACUUAGAUGAUGUCCUUUGCGAUGUGGCUGACGACAAAGACAGACUAAUAGCCAUCUAUGACGAGCAGGAGCCCCAUCAUGGAGGCGACGGCACCAGCGCCAGCUCCACAGGGACACAAAGCCCUGACUUGUUCGCCACAGACCUCGGUGCCGGCAGUGUCACCUCAGCCUUCCAACCCUAUCAGAACGCAAGCGAGAUCGAAGUUACACCUUCGGCCCUGCGCACCAAUAUGCCUCUCCACGUCCGGCGCAGCAGCGACCCUGCCCUGAUCACCAUCAACGGGCCGUUCAGUGCCUUGGAGUCACGGGUCCAAACUGAAGAUGCUCCAUCCAGAAAGAACCCAACUCGCUGGUCCACCACUGCUGGCUUGCUGAAAGCUCGCCAUUCCUCUGGAACCAACAGUCUGGAGAGGAAGAGCAAAGGUUUGGACACGUAUCGCAGCCUGCCGCGGGACGCAGGGACCUGGUCCAAUCAGCGUGAGUUUCAGAGAGACACGGCCAGGUCAUCGCUCAGUGCCAAUCACCCCAUGGUGGACCGUUGGCUGGAAAAACAAGAACAGGAGGACGAAACCAGAGAGAAUGAAAACGGGCGAAUCGAGCCGCUUGGCCGAGCCGACUCCUGCACGGAGCACACUUCGGUCAGGUCUCUAGAAGACAUUGUCAAACUGGUGGAGGUGUCAAACGACGGCGGGCCCCUGGGGAUCCACGUGGUGCCUUUCAGUGGCAGGGACCGCAGGACUCUUGGCUUGUUGGUCAAGCGUCUGGAGAGGGGAGGGAAGGCUGAACACCAGGGCCUUUUCCAGGAGAAUGACUGCAUCAUCCGUAUCAAUAACGGACACCUGCAAAACAUCCGAUUCGAACAAGCACAGAAUAUGUUCCGCCAGGCCAUGUGUUCUCCUGUGAUCAUGUUCCAUGUGGUACCGUCAUCUAUGAAGGCCCACUACGAGCAGCUCUUGCACACCGAGAGGAACCCUUUGUACACCUCAGGACGCUUCAGCCCAGACUCCCUGUCCGGAGUCGACCACAACCCACAGAGGAUAACCCGCCACGGUUCCCAAACGCACCCUACCCAUUCCCAUCCUCAGGCCCACCCAGACCCAAACAAUGGCUUUCCACAUCUGAACCACCGCACAGUUUCAGCAGCCAAACCUCCCAUAGGCCACACCCACUCACCUCAGAGGGCGCUAAACUCCACCCCGACAGCAGGAUAUAUGAAAAAAGUUGGGAGGCGGCUCAACAUUCAGCUUAAGAAAGGCCCCGAAGGACUGGGCUUCAGCAUAACGUCACGUGACGUUCCCAUCGGGGGCUCGGCACCAAUCUACGUCAAGAACAUUCUCCCUCGGGGAGCCGCCAUCCAAGAUGGCCGCCUUAAGGCAGGAGACCGGCUGCUGGAGGUAAAUGGGGUGGACCUGAAUGGGCGAACCCAGGAGGAGGUGGUCUCGUUGCUCAGGAACACACCUAUGGGUGGUGCAGUGGGGCUACUUGUUCUACGCCAGGAGGACGCUUUCCUUACCCGAGAAGUGAGCGCCGAGCCCCAGAAGCAAUCCCACAGAGACUUGAAAACGGAUGAGGAUGAAUUGGUCCUGACUCCUGAUGGGACUAGAGAGUUCCUGACCUUUGAGAUCCCACUCAGUGACUCGGGUUCUGCAGGUUUGGGUGUCAGCGUGAAAGGCAACCGCUCCAAGGAAAAUCAUGCAGAUCUUGGCAUAUUUGUCAAAUCAAUCAUAAAUGGUGGAGCAGCCUUCAAGGAUGGGCGAUUGAGAGUAAACGACCAGCUGAUCGCUGUCAACGGGGAAUCCCUGUUGGGGAAAACCAACCAAGAUGCCAUGGAGACACUGCGGAAGUCCAUGUCAACGGAAGGCAACAAGCGUGGGAUGAUUCAGCUUAUAGUGGCCAGACGAGUGGCCAAGAGAAAUGAGGAGUCUCCUGGGAGCCCGCUGGGAUCUCAGCAACCGGUAAACACCACACUGGAUGACCACGAGCGCAGAAUUUCCCAUUCUCUCUACGGUGGCCUGGAAGGUCUUGAUGACAACUUGAUGCCACGUCAAGGAAUGAUUCCACGCACAAUAGGAAACUAUCAGCUCUCUCCGACCGUCAACAUGCCGCAGGACGACACUGUUAUUAUCGAGGAUGACCGGCCGCCGCUCCUCCCGUCCAACCUCUCCGACCAGUCUUCGUCCAGCUCUCAUGACGAUGUGGGAUUUACAGCUGAUGUGACUCCGCCAUGGGCCAAAGAGCUGCCUGCUCAGAAUGAAAGCUCAUUAAGUCCAGAUGAAAACCACCCGGACCUUGCUUUCCAAAGGGAAGGAUUUGGACGCCAGAGCAUGUCAGAGAAACGCACCAAGCAGUUUGGAGAUGCCGCUCAGCUGGAGAUCAUCAAGACACGCAAGUCCAAGAGCAUGGAUCUAGUAGCCAACGAGAUUAACCUCACACCUCAUCCUGACACCUACACAGGUUCUUCCACAAAGGAUGUUGGACCUUCACUGGGCCUAAAGAAGUCCAGCUCUCUGGAGAGCCUCCAGACUGCGGUUGCAGAGGUUACCCUCAAUGGGGACCUCCCUUUCCACCGGCCCCGCCCUCGCAUCAUCAGGGGCCGGGGCUGCAACGAGAGCUUCCGAGCAGCAAUCGACAAAUCCUACGAUCGACCGGCCGCCUUAGAAGAUGACGACGAGGGCAUGGAGACUUUGGAGGAGGACACAGAGGAGAGUUCCCGAUCUGGGAGAGACUCUGUUUCUACUGUGGCAGACCAGACCUCCCUGUCCACAGGCCCAGAAAAGCCCCUGGUCAAUGGCACCAACCGCACCAAGGAGGAGAAAAAGAAGGACAAAGAUAAAGAGGGGAAGGAGAAGAAGAAGCUGGAAGGAGGAAAGGAGAAGGACAAGGAGAAGGGAAAACCAAAGAAAGGAAUGCUGAAGGGACUUGGAGAGAUGUUCAGGUUUGGGAAGUACCGCAAGGAUGAGCGGCCUGCAGAGAAGAUGGAUCGGAAAGGAUCAAGCAAGUGGAGGCCAGAGGACACACAUGUUUCUGAUGAGGAAACGAUGAAGAUGAGGAUGGAGCAAGAGAGGAUUCAAGCCAAGACGAGGGAGCUGAGAGAACGUCAAGCUCGGGAACGGGACUAUGCAGAGAUCUUGGACAUCAACCGCACGUUGGACAGAUCCACUGAGGAGGAUCACACCUACUCCGGCGUAAACCCUCUGAACAUCUCAGUGGACAGCAGCCAUAGCCGGGCCCACAGCCCCCGUGAUGAACACCCCCAUGUUCAUCACCAGCACUCGGACUCCCUCUACUCGCCGGUCAGCAGGGCCCGAAAUGACCGGCCUCCAUCCACAGACAGUAACCGGCUAACUCCCAGCAACCAUGACCGGAUACAGAGGCUGAGGCAGGAGUUCCAGCAGGCCCAGAACGUUCCCGAGGACCCGGAUGAUCGCAGGCGGACCUACAGCUUCGAGCAGUCCUGGUCAAACACCAGCAGCAACGGUCCGGGCGGCUACAGCCAGCCGGGUCGGCACUCUGUAUCCGUGGAGGUCCAGAUGCAAAGACAGAGACAGGAGGAGAGGGAGUCCUUCGCCCAGGCGCAACGGCAGUACAGCUCCCUGCCUCGACAGCCCAGGAAGAACCCCAGCAGCAUCUCCCACGAUUCCUGGGACAAGGCGUACCCACCAGGAGACGUCUUCCAGACAGCCAAGGACAACCCCAGAUACUCCAGCUACCAGGGCUCCAGGAACGGCUACCCUGGCGGCGGCGGCGGAGGAGGAGGAGUCAACGCCAGAGUCCUGCUGGAGGCCCAGGAGCUGUUGAGGCAGGAGCAGAGGCGCAGGGAGCAGGAAGCCAAAGGAAAAAUGAUGCAGGAGGGCAGCGGGAACAGCAGCUACGACGGGUACAUGCCCCACCUGAAGGAGCCGGGAUCCCCGAAGGGCCCGUACCGACACGAUGUCCCACCAUCGCCUUCGCAGCUAGCUAGGCUGAACAGACUGGGGUCAGAAAAGGGAAGACUUUUUUAUUCCUGAGGAAACUUAGCAGACUGAAUGAUGAGCUUACAGAUCUGGACGUGGACUUCUUAGAGGUCUUAUAGCUUAGCGACAAUCUUAACAGUAUGUGGGUGUUUGAUGACGUUUACCAAUUAUCAGUCACCCUCCUACAACCACAAGACGCCUGGUGCCUUCUCCACCCUCGUCCAGGACUCUAACUCAGAGACCUGGCUCAAUCAGGCGAAGGAGUGGACGCCUCUCGGAACCCACAGUGAGGCGUAAGUUUGUGUGUGACAAGGUACACAUUCAUAUGACUCGUCCCACCUGCAAUCUUUCGGUUAACACCCGGCCCCCUUCAGAGAGCCGGUGCUGUUUCUCUCCUCUAAAGAAGCGAAAACGAGGCAGAGUGUGGAAAAGAAAGCAGACCACAGAGUGUGUGUGUGUUAUUAAUAAAAGCCCUCCUCAUAAAUGAUUCAUGUUGUGUGUUAUCUCCUUGGAGGAGAGUCAGGCAGAAAGGGUAGGCAUCUCUGAUCCUCUGCCUGUCCCCUCUGCACAACACUGGGCUCUACUCGCCCGCCUCCCUGGCUGUCUGUCUUUCUGGCUCCAUCUUCCCCUCUCAUUCUUCCUGUCUCUCUUUAUUGCACUCCUUUCUUCUACUUCAACACCUUCAUAUUCAUCUCACCCUCCCCUCUCGCUCACAUCCACCACCUCCUCUCCCUCCUCCUCCUCCUCCUCCUCCUCCUCCUCUCUGUCUUCAACCGAGUCAGGGCUCUGCACUGAAUUUUUCAUCAGAAGCCACCUGCUGCCUGCCAGAGCCAAAGAACGCCGCCAUUGGAGGCUCCGACAGAGGGCCCGGCUUCUGACAUGACGAGCCGAAUAAAAGCUGGAAAAAAAAGAGACAGAAUAAAGAUCGGCGGGGCGACAAUGUGGCUCCCUGUGUGAAAUUAGCAGCAGCCCUUUACGCUGUUUUUUAACAAAAGGCAAAAUUGUCCUCUGGAGUUAAUUGCUCCAAAUUGCCAUAAUUGCUUUUUGUGGGUUUUUUUUACACUUUUUUAAGCAUUUAGCAGACACUCUUCAUUGUAACGAUUUUAAAUAGAGGCAGCAGGUGGGGGGCUGGGGUGGGGAUCUUGCUUUUAAAAAGCAGCGGUGGAUAAAUGAAGGGAAUGCUGUUGGAUUACAAAGAGCAGGUUGGAAAAAAACGGAGAGGAUUUGUUCAUGGAGAUGGUUUGCUUCUGUAACAGAAACAGUGGAGGUUAAUCCAGUCACAUUUGUGGCUCACACAGCUAUAAAAACCCUAUAUGAACAUUUGAUUUCUCACCUCUUUAAAUCAUACAUUUUUAAUACCACAUUUGUUCGGUUGAAUUUCAUUUGCCACACCCAAGCAGGAAAACUGCCAGAUCUGUGGAAUCUAGAUCUCUCCUCAGUAGAACCUGUCUGACAACAUGAAGUAGACUAAAAGUUCUCAAAAAACAAAACAUCAUCCCCCAAUAUGAAGACAUUCAAGAGCAGAUUAGAACAAAGUCGCCGCUGUGCAUCAGUCUGGAUGCCUCUGAUGCAUCAGGCUUAUAAAAUCAUUUUUAAGGCUUUGGGACUCCAGGCAGCCACAGUGAGAACAUGGGAGAGCGGUGAACCUACCCAGGACAGGCCGGUCUACCAGAGUUACUCAUCCAAGAGGUCCAGAAGAACCCAGAACAACAUCUAAUACCUGUUUUUAGCAUUCGAGCACCACAUGGCUCCACUCAGCUCAAUCUGUCUCUGCUUCCUACGAACGCUGUUGUUUCCAUUGAUUCACUGACAGCCGGAGUCAUGGCAUGAAGCCCCACCUCCAGCCGUCAGUGUCGUGCACUCUGCAUUUAUUAACUGUUACUGUCUUAUGGUUCAGUGUGAGCCUACCAAACAUGAGAUACGUUUCAACUACAAAGUAAACACAUCAUGUUCUCCAACAGGGAUUUCAAGCCACCGCUUCGGCUUUCAGUUUAACCUGCUGCAGCCAUUGUGGUGGUGAAUAUUCUUCCUGAUGAGGAGCAGGUACCAAGAAAGCCAGAACCGGGCCAAAAAAUCCAGAAAUGGAAAUGGUCGCAAAACUGGCUGAGUGGAGUGAAGCCAGCCAAAGUAGAGCCCUUGGAAAAGGACCAUAAAGGUCUGCAGGCCUAAUUGCCUCCAUUAAGGUCAGAGAUCAUGAUUCAAAAAGGAACAUCUCUCCAAAACGUUUAGGUAAAUAUUCUGUGGACUGACUUGACGAAAGUGGAACUUUUUGAAAGGUGUGCAUCCUGUUACAUCUGUAAAAAAAUAUAUAUAUAUAAAAAUAACUGCAUUUCAGAAACCUAACUUUCAUACCACAAUCAAACACGGUGGUGGUAGUAUGAUGAUCUGUUUCUGUUUUGCUACUUCAGGUCCUGGAUGACUUGCUCUAAUUUAAGUUCUGCUCUCUAACAGAAAACACUGAAGGAGAAUCUCUGGCCAUGUUCCCUGAUUUAAAGCUCAAGCACACUCAGAAUAAGAUGAAGGUUUUGAAGUGGCCUAGUCAAAGACUGGAAUAUUUCUAUUAAUAAAAUGCUUCAAUAAGUCAUUUUGUUAUUGGUUGUAUAGAGUGCCAGGUUUGAUAAUGUAAAAUAUUUAACUUGGGUGAAUCAUUUCAGAUUUUCCCAUCUUUAUUGUGACAUUUUUCCAGUUCAGUUUACCUAAAACAAACUAUUUGUGGUAAAUAACCUGGUUGCAUAAAUGUGUACACCCGUGACUACCUUGUUAAAGAACUUUUAGAUACAGUUUCAGUCCAAAUUAUAUUUAAUCUGAUUAAGCAUAAAGUUCAGCUUUCCUUAUAGGAUUUUUCCGACAUCUGCUGAUUGGCAUCCUUUAGCUAAAAGCCACAGUUUGCAGAGGAAUUAUGGAGGAUCAGAAGAAUCUCAUUGCACAAAGGUAUCUGUCUGGCCACGUUUCCCCUAAAGUAUGUUUGGCACACAAAAAAACAGAUCUCCAAAGGAACACAAUGUCUAGAGUGAAGAAUGGGGGCGGUAGCAUCAUGAUGUGGGUUUUGCUUUUCUUUAGAUGUAACCAAGGUUUUUGUCAAGGUGGAUGAAAUGGAGCCAGUUUUGGCCCAAAACUUUCAGAAGCGUGUUAGAAAACUUGAGAUGAAGACGGAUUUUAUUUUUCAGCAUCACUGCAAAUCCAGUCGUGCAUCCACCUGCAACCAUGUUGAUGCAACUUUCACGGAUUUGAUUUGAGGUAAAUUAUAGGAAUAAUGUCACAUUGAAGGUGGCGAAAACCUGGAGUUUUAACAGGGGUGUUCAGACUGUUGAGAGCAUCGGUCUAAUAACUGGACGAAGUCGGUUUGAGAAGAUAAGUUGCCUUCUGGAGCACAUUUAGAUGAUUUAAUGUCUCUGGUGUUUAAAACGUUACUGGAAUUGGCCUGAGGCUGGAUGGUUUGGUCUUUUCUAAUGCUGUGAGGACCACAAGUGACAUUGCAUUGAUCUCCUUUGUGUUGGCAUCAGAAAAAACCUGAAUAAAUGUAAUUACAAGCAUGGUUUGUAACGUCUGGCGGUGGUAAUUUUGUUAUUAAUGUUCCAGUCAGCCUGGAUGGUGCUGAUUGGCAGGUUUUCUGCUUCAGGACAAAAGGAAUAAAGUGGUAUCAGAAGAACCUGAGUGUUGAUGGCGAACCCGGUAAAACUGACCAUAACUAGCUGAUAAACUCCUAACUGCUGAAGUUGGUGACGUCCAGUCCUCCGACAUCUCUGAUUCCUCUACAAACAAACAGGUGCAGAACAACCAACUAACAGAGUUGAGAUGCACAAGAUGUCUCCUGAGAAGAGAAGUGGGUGAAAAUAUCGCUGGACAGAAAUGAGUCUUUAUUUCCACCUGAGGAGAGUUUUUCAGCAUGCAGAGACCUAUGAUUUUUGCUUUUAAUCCCACAUUCAAACUAAGACGAUGGAAACUGUGACCGUAAGAAACAGUAUUUAACCUGGCCUCUGAUGUCUAAAAGUGCCUGAGUAAACAUAUCUGAACAUUUUACACAAAGAGGGACACGAUGUGAUUCAUUUCAUAAAACUAGUUCUGGGUCGAAGAGGUCCGCACCACCAGUGUGUUUGUAUCCUGUUUUUCUUCAACCAUACUGUUUAUUUGUGUUAAACAAGCAAAACCGAAAUGGAAAUUAAUAAGCUGAUGUGCAAUUGUUUUGUUUCCAGAAAAGCUUUACAUGAUAUUUGGAGAAAAGUAAAUGACCCCCUUUUCUGUACGUAUCAAGCUGACAAUAAAGCAGAAAGCUGUUCCUGUUUGCA